AUGGCACGAGCAAUGAAGAAAGAGGCGCACGAAGACGAGUGGAUGAUGGAUGCGCACGACUCGAAGCGAGCACACAACGGCCAGCAACAACCCUUCGGUCAGGACCUACCCGACGCAACUCUCGGCGUCCACCUCAAAACCUCCUUCCCUGUCGCCCGAAUCAAGCGCAUCAUGCAAGCCGACGAAGACAUCGGGAAAGUCGCCCAAGUUACCCCUCACGUCGUCAGUCGAGCCCUCGAACUAUUCAUGAUUCGACUCAUCACCGCAUCCGCCCAACAAGCCAGUGGUGGAGCAGGAGGCGGCGGCAAAGGUCCAAAGAAGAUCCAGGCACAGCAUAUGAAGCGUGCGAUUCAGGGCAACGAGAAUUUCGACUUUUUGAACGAGAUUGCGGUGAAAGUGCCUGAUGCGCCGGCUAAGACGAGUAAGAAGCAAGAGGUUGAUAGCGAUACCGAGGACGCGAAGCCCAGGAAGAAGAGCACGAGCAAGAAGCACGAUGUCAAAAACAAGAACCUCCUCAAGCACAAAGGCCUCAUCAACGGCGAAUGGGUCGAUUCCGCCUCCAGCGCCAGCACCUUCGACGUCGUCGACCCGGCCACCCUCGACAAGCUCGCCACCCUCCCCGAAAUGGACAAACACGACACCGCCCUCGCCGUCGACGCCGCGCACACGGCCUUUAAAUCCUGGAAAACCACCUCCGCCCGGCAGCGCGCGAGGAUGCUACGGAAAUGGUCGGAUCUCUGCCUUGAGAACGCGGACGAUCUAGCUUUGAUAAUGACGCUGGAGAACGGUAAGACGUUGACUGAAGCCAAAGGCGAAGUCGUUUACGGCGCCUCCUUCCUUGAGUGGUUCGCCACCCAAGCUGAAAUGAUACACGGCCAAGUCGUGCCCCCUGCCAACCAAAACCAACGCAUCGUCACUUUCAAACAACCUAUCGGCGUCGCGGCCUGUUUGGCCCCCUGGAACUUCCCUAUUGCGAUGAUCACGCGGAAAUGCGGCGCUGCGCUCGCCGCGGGGUGUACGACUGUGUGGAAACCUGCCGGCGAGACGCCGUUGAGUGCGAUUGCGCAGGCUGUGCUGGCCGAGGAGGCUGGGUUUCCGAAAGGCACGAUCAAUCUGAUCACGAGUUUGACGACGGUCGCGGAGGUGGGGGAGGAGCUUUGUGUGAAUCCCAAGGUGCAUAAGCUUUCUUUUACGGGUUCCACGCGGGUGGGGAAGUUGCUGAUGCGGCAGUGUGCCUCUACGCUUAAGAAGCUGAGUUUGGAACUCGGGGGCAAUAGUCCCUUUAUCGUUUUUGACGACGCGAAGAUGAGUACGGCUGUUGAGGCGGCUGUUCUGGCGAAGUUCCGCAAUUCGGGUCAGACUUGCGUGACGGCGAAUCGGGUCUUUGUGCAGGCGGGGAUUUACGAUGAGUUUGCUAAGCAGCUCACUGAGCGCAUCAAGACGCUCAAGGUGGGUGCGGGGACGGAUAGUGAUGUUUUUGUUGGACCCCUGACGCACGAACGGGCGGUGGAGAAGGCAGUGGCUCAUAUUGAGGAUGCGAAGAAACAUGGUGGGGAGGUGGUGUACGGUGGGAAAGCCAUGGAGGGGAUGGGCAAGGGCUACUUCCUCCAACCUACCGUCAUCACGGGUAUGAACACCAAGAUGCUCACCACCCGCGAAGAGACGUUCGCUCCCGUAGUCGGGUUAUAUAAGUUCGAAACAGAGGAGGAGGUGAUUGCCCUCGCGAACGACUGCGAUGUCGGCUUGGGUAGCUUUGUGAUCACGGAGAAUAUGGCGCGGAGUUGGCGCGUGGCGGAGGCCUUGGAGGUGGGGAUGGUGGGUGUGAAUUUGGGGAUGCUGAGUGCGUGCGAGUCGCCUUUUGGCGGGGUCAAGGGGUCCGGGUUCGGGCGCGAGGGGGGGACGCAGGGGAUCGAGGAGUAUCUUUUCACAAAAUCUAUGCUGAUUAAUGUGGCGAAUUGA